CCUGGCAGAUCUGGAUGGGCAGGCAGGCAGGUGGCUGGAAAAGAAGGUGAGGAGGUGAGCCCGGCCAUCCUGGAGCCUGGGAGCUGGCAGGGCUGUGGCCUGGCACAAGGGCCCGGUCACCUGAGCUACGGGCCUGCCAGGGCUGGCAGCAGGUGCUCAGAUGGAUAAAGCUUCCUUCAGUGCCUGGAUCCCUGGGCCAGACCCCAAGUCGAGCUCCCGUCCCUGGGGCACUAUCAGCCAGCAGAUCUAGUUUCUUCUCUGAAGGAACCCAAUUCCUGUGUGAUGUUUAUCUAAAAGCUUUGCUGCUUGGAAAACAACUUUCCUCCUCCUUCCUGCAUGUCUGAACAAAGAAGCCAGCCUCUGAAUUCAGCCAGCCCCCAAACAGGCUGAAGUGGCCAAGGGGAUGGGGAGGCUGAGGUCAGAGGCCAUGUGCUGGGCAGGCUAUCUGGAUGGGGAGGUCAGGGAAGCUUAUCUGCCUGUCUAUCUGCUGUCAUCAGCCUGUCUGUCCUCCUUCAUGUGGUGGUGAGGGACAGAACCCUAUACUGAGUUAGGAACUGGGUUUGUGACCUCCAAACAGGAGAAGCAGGUAUCAGCAGGGCAGGUAUCAGGUCCACACCAGCCAUAUCCCCAACAACACAGGGCCUGGCACAGAGGCGGCAACAUGGCCAAACUGAGGCAAAGCAGAGGAAGGGACCUGCCCGAGGCCACAGAGCAUGUCCCUCCUGAGCCUGGUCUCUCCACCCUCAAGCACAGCUCCUGGGGAACCAGAUUUUAUAGGCUUUCCCCCUUACGUGGACAUGGAAUUUCCCCUCAGUGGUGAAGGGUGUGGGUUCUGGAGUCAAGUGGACCUGAAGUUCAAACCGUGCCUCUUCCACUUGUACCUAGUUGACUUUCGGCUUUCUUUUCCUCAUUUGUAACACACGCACCCCCUCAGAGAACUGCUGUGGGGAGUCCAUAAGAUCAUGAGCAUGAAGUGACCAGCACUGUGCUAACUAUGGCCAGUCAUUCGGACGAGUCAUGCCAGAUUCCUGGCCUUAGUUUCUCUAUCUCUGAAAUGGGAGGGGGGUGGGGAUUAGAUGAUGUUAUGGAUUGAAUUGUAUCCCCCAAAAAUGUGUGUCAACUUGGCUAAGCCAUGUUUCCCAAUAUCGUAUAAGUGUCCACCAUUUUGUCAUCUGAUGUGAUUUUCUUAUAUGUUAUAAAUCCUACCUCUAUGAUGUUAAUGAGGCAGGAUUAGAGGCAGUUAUGUUAAUGAGGCAGGACUCAAUCUACAAGAUUAGGUUGUAUCUUGAGUCAGUCUCUUUUGGGAUAGAAAAGAGAGAAGCAAGCAGAGAGACAGGGGGACCUCAUGUCACCAAGAGUAAGUAACUAGGAGGGGAGCAUGUCCUUUGGACCUGGGUCCCUGCACUGAGAAGCUCCUAGACCAGGGGUAGAUUGAUAACAAGGACCUUCCCCCAAAACCACAGAGAAAGAAAGCCUUCCCCUGGAGCUGGUGCCCUGAAUUUGGACUUCUAGCCUCCUAGACUGAGAGAAUAAAUUUCUUUGUUAAAGACAUCCACUCGUGGCAUUUCUGUUACAGCAGCACUAGAAAACUAAGGCAGAUGUCAUCAGAAUUCCUUGGCCUCUCUGCUUUACUCCAAGCUAAGCCCUCCUCAGGGGCUGGGGUCAGGCAGCAGAGUCUCACUGUGCCCUGACCUUUCUGUAUCCAGAAGGGCAAAUGCUGAGCACUGACACGCAUCCUUACUUGUGUUCCUCCCAACAAGCCCAUAAGCUGGAGAUCAUCAUCGCCCCAUUUCACAGUUGGGGAAACUGAAGAUAGGGAUGCUAGUGAGGAACAGAGUUAGGAUCUGGACCCAGGCAAUGUAGGUUCAACACUGUGCUCUCAGCAGGGACGGGGAUGGGAAAAUGGCUGAGGCGAAGGGAGAAGGGUGACUGAGCUUCCAAGCAGAAAGCCCUUGGCCAUCAGGACAGACACUGUCCUGGCAUCAGGACAGAUGUAUCGCCCAGGAUGUCUCAUGUCCUUUGGUGGGCUCUGGACUGGCCAGGCGCAAGCCAUGGACUUAGGAAGUGAUAACUCUUGGCUGUGGCCAGCACAAGGCCCAGGGUAGAGGAAGUUGUGGGCCAGAGCUGGGUUUGAGCUGAUUGGGAACCAGAGUGGUGCAGGCUCUGCAAACACCAGGGUCAGUGGCACUGGGGUUGGGGCAAAAGCUGGAGGAGGACACUGGAGGCUGUACACCAGGUUGGCUGGGAGUGGGGAGAGGAUUUUGCAGCAGCUCUGGGUGGUAAGGCCUCUGCAGAGAGGGCUGAACUCACCUCAGGUGACCCCGAAACUCACAGCAGAGGAUGAGCAUCCCCUUCUCCCUCCCCCAGCCCCUCACCUCACUCCCACUUCUCCUCCCACCUCCUGGGUUCCAUGCCGCAGCCUCUCAGCCUCUCUCUCCUCUUUUCUCCGCAUUCUUUCCGAAACAGCUGGGAGAGGACAGUGAUGGGGGCUGGGCUUUUGGCCUGGCACAGUGAAAAAAACAGCGAUCUCAUGUCUCAGAGACUGAGUGGUGCAUAGUAGGUGCUCCAUAAAUGUUGCUGAACAGAGGCCCAGAAUGAGCCCUGGGAACAACACUGUUGGGGCCAGGAGAGGAGAGGAGAGGAGAGCGCUGGGGGCUUGGGCGGUGGAGGAGAGGCCUCUGCAAGAGCAAGGAGGGUCUAAUAGUGGCCCUUGUACCUCUCCUCACUCCCACCUUCCCCUCCUCAUUUGGGGACACCUGCCCCUGCCCACAGCACCACUGCCUCCCCUCAGGUUCUCUUGGGGGAGCCCUCUGCCCCUAACCCCACCUGCAUCCCUCAACUCAGAGAAGCCUGUGUGCAAGUCCCUCCUCUGUGAAGCCUGACCUCUCUGGGCCUCAUCUGUGAAAUGGGGUGACAGAUGGGUGAGUGAGUCUCUGAAGCAUCUCACGGUCAUCCUCCCGCUGGCAAAUGAAGUAUGACAGUAAUAGUAACAGUUGACAUUUAUUGAGUACCUACAGUUUGCCCAGGAGCCUUGCCAAGUGGUUUUCAGGCAUUGCCCCAUUCAUUGUUAAAACACCCCCAUGGGGCAUGGUUAAUUGUUAUCCCCAUUUUAUGGGUGGAGCCUCACCCAGGGAGUCUGAUAGAUUUGCAGCCCGUGCCUCAGGAGGAUGGAGGUUGAAGGAGAGAGCACGUAUAUUUUGAGUAUGUGUGUUUAAAUGAGAGCGCUGGAAGGAGAUGAAAGGAGGAGUGGGGGACUUGGGAAAUUGCCUGAUGGAGGAGAAAGAACACUGGGCCAGGAGGAUUUGGGACAAGAUCUAGAGUGCCUUGAAUGCCAGGCUAGGAACCCUCAGGGUUUUCCUGGUUAAGAUCUAGCCUUCAAGUACCUAAGUGAACCCUGGGGUGGUUGAAGGGUGGGCAAAGAGCUUCCUUUCCAGCCAAGCUGGCCCCCUUCCUUCCUUCCUCCCCUACCAGCCUGCCACAUUCCCACCUCCUCCAGCCCUUGCUCACACAGCCCCUUUCCCCCAGGGCACACGCUUGACAAAUAAGGAAACAGGAAACUGAGGACCAGAGAUGUGGCAUGACCUAUUCUCCUUCCCCAGCUCCGGGAUUGGAGGAGUCUGGUCGCAGGAGGCCGGCUCACUCACUAGUAAGGAAGGGGAAGUGAAGCUUUUUAUAACUGGGAAUAAUUAAUUGGUUGUUGCCUGUGACUCAUUACUGUAAUGCUGCCAAUUAAGGACUUUUUAUGACAGAAGAUUGUUCUCAGGCUGUCCCCACAGGACCUCCUGAAGACAUCGUAUCUGUGGGAGGGAGCACAGUGUCAAACCCAGCUUCUCUGUAGCAAGAGAGAUAUAGGUCAGACACCUGGAGGAACUUCCCAGCCAGAGACACUGAAGGAGACAGGACAGUGAGAGUCGAUGCUCUCUGGCAUUUCUAUACCAUCUUUUGCCUUUUGAUGGCUGUUUUAAGCUUAUUUGAUCCCCUCCAGGAAAAGUAUGUGAUUUACUCAAGCUGAGGAGCUGAAGGCCCAGCCUUCACUGCCCCCUGCUUGCAGCCCCAUCCUGUAUCCUCUCCCCUAUUUCACACAGCCUUGUCUGGGAUUCAAUGGUUAUUUAUUCAAUCAACAACCCUGCUGUGAUGUCUGCUCUGGUCCUAGCCCUGCGAUGGGCCCUGGGUCACAGUGGAUCAGACCUGGUUCUCCCUUCUUUGGAGGGCUCCCAGGCUGGUGAGGGAGCAGACAGGAGCCAACACACCCAGACCACCCAGGGGGAUCACUGUGGAGGCAGAGGGAAACACUACUGGGGCAAGGAGAGCCUCGAGGCUGAGCCCAUGCCCUACCAGAGCUGAUAUCUGAAAGGUGUGGGGAAGCUCAAGGCAGGAGGAACUGCAUGUGUAAUAAUGUGUCUUUUGUUUAGGAACUGAAAGUAAUUCAGCUGCAGUGUGGCUAGGGUGUAAGGAGUGGGGAGGUGUUGCCAAGUGGGCCCUGGAACCUCAAGGCUGAGCUGAGGAGCUUGGGCUUCAUCCUGGGCAACGGGGACCUGAGUCUGACUUGGGCUGUGGGAGGGCCGCACUGGUUACAGUGUGAAGAAUGGCUUAAGGGCAGUUGAAUAGAGGUGGGAGAGUAGGGAGCCACAUGAGAAAAGCCUCGACUGGGGCCAGGGACAGUCACAGGGAAGUAGAAUAGGGGAGGGCUUCUAGUGACACAGAGAGAGUAUAGUCAACAGAUUGGCUGUGGGCGAGAAGGAGGGUGAGAAAGAAGGUAGUCUAAGUGGAGUCCAGGGAGGGCACAGUCAGGUGGGUGGAAUACACCCACUCCUCACUUAUUAACAUGGUUAGGUUCCAAAGACUAGGUCAUUAUGCAAAAAUGGAGGAUAACCACAUCAAAUCACAAAAUAUUAUGUGGGACACAUAUGUCCCUUUGGACCCAAGAGGCAGAAAACGUAGGUGGGCACUGUAUGUCCCACUGGUCAUAAAAGGAUUAUUACCAGAGGUACAUCAUCAAUGUGCAAAAUAGCCAGAUAUUGUUGUAAGUGCAAAAUGUCAGAUAGUGAGGUAGUCGAUAACUGAGGCAUAGGUGUAUAGACAAAAUCAAUCUGCCCAGCCCCAACUGCCUACCUUCUAUAAUGGGAAACUCCCUCCUUCCGUGCAGGAAGACACUUGCUGCAAGGAAAUCCAUCAGCUCCUUUUCCACCCCUUCCUUCCACAACCUCUACACUGCCCCACUGAGCUUCUCCCCUUCCUAGUAUAUGCCUCACCCCGUCACAGCACCCUGCCUUUGCUCAGGCCAUCACCUCUGCCUGGAAUGCCCUUCUUCUCUGUCUCUGCCUCUCAAGGCUCUUUGCAAAUGUCUCUUCCUCUAAGAAGUAUCCCUCCCCCCUUCCUUCUCCAUCCUUACCUCCUUUUCCCCCUCAGAUCCCUUAGCACCUUGGGCCUGUGCCAGCUAUGUAGAUUGUGAUUCUCUGUGUCUCCCACAGGGCCCUGAGUGCUUUGAGGGCAGAGAUUGGGCCUGCCCCAUGCCAGGGGCCUGGUUUGCCCAGUGAAUGCCUAGAAGGAUGGUUGAGCAGAUGAGUUGAAGAAUGAGGGAAGAAGCCAGUUAGGGAGUGCACCUGCCAUCUUGCUGACUUUGGGUGGGGAGGCAGGCCCCUGAUGAGCUUGCUGUGCUCCCCUGCUCUCUCUCCUGUCUUCAUCCAUGACCCUGGUUUCCAAGGCCGGUGGGUGUCAGGUGGUCUGGGGAGGGUAGGUGUACAUGUGUGGACAGGUGUGCGCAGCAUUCUUAGCUCUAGCUUUUAUGCCCUGGUGGUGGUUGACAGUGGAGAGGGUGCUGACUCAGCUGCAGGCCCCCUAGGCCACCCUUGGAGCUGGGUAAAGCUCUGCCAGUGGGCAGGAGGAGGGGGGUGAGUUUCCAGCUGGCUCCCCACCUUACUGUCCUAUCACCCAACCAUGUGAGUUUGUGUCAGGGGUGUCGGGCAGCCCCAAGCGGAGGGGUACUGUCCUGGAGGAGGGGAAGGAUACUUCCUAACAAGGAUUCUUCCUUCUGUUUGUACAGUUAGCAAAGCACUCUCCAGAAUGUUAGUUCGUCUUGUGGGUACAUCACUCAGGCAUGGUACAUCUGGAGAAACUGAGGCCACAGCUGCCCAGUGAGUGGCUCCAGGAACCACAGGAGUCAGCAACAGAGUGAGAGCCAGAAUCCAGACCUCCUGUCCCCCCACCCCCUUCAGAACUCAUUCUCUCCUCUCUUCUCCUUGGUCUUCUCUGGCACAGCAGCAGAGAGCAAUAGAGGCAGACGGAGCUGGCCUCUGUCCCAGCUCUACCACCUGCUGUGUACCUGUGGCCUGUGUACCUGGGUUAGGGGCAUCCCUGUCCUCCCAGAGCCCCUUUCACUACCCCCACCCCCUUGCAGCACUGACCUCCUGGAGUGGCAUGGCCUGGUGACCUGCCUAUCUGUCCUGAGGGCAGAGCUGGGUCCGCGUGUGUCACAGCAGACUUCUGGAGUCCAGCACAGAGCCUGGCAGCAUGGACUUGCCAGUCAACAUCUGUUGAAUCAAGAAAAGAGGUCCCUCUGCCUCUUGGAGUCUCAGCUCCCUCUCCUGAGGCAUGGGGAGAGGAGUCACCCCCUUGGAGGAGUGGUAAAGAAUUAGAUCAGGUGGUCCACUUGAGAAAACCCUGGUGGCGUACUGAUUAAGAGUUUGGCUGCUAACCAAAAAGUUGGUAGCGCGAAUCCACCAGGUGCUCCUUGGAAACCCUACGGGGCUGUUCUACUGUGUCCUAUAGGGUUGCUAUGAGUCAGAAUCAAUUCGACGGCAAUAGAUUUAGUUUUUUGGUUUAUGGUCCAUGUGAAUGCCUAGUCCAUAGUAGAAGCCUUACCAACACAGUCUCCCUCGUCACAUGUCGCUCACAGCCCUCAGCCCCAAAGGAGAUUCACUGCAAGUCCUCCAUGCAUCACUCUAUUUGACCUGUGCUGACUUCUGUAUUUCUUGCCAGAUGCAGCUGACGUUCCUGGCUAAGGAAGCUUCAACCUGGACUCCAGCCCUGCCUCCACCACUGACUCAACGUGAGACCUUGGCCAAGUCCCUGAGCCUCUGGGCCCAACUGGCUUGUGGAUGGGAACGCCUCUGGUUCCUGCUCCUCACCUUCGCCUUCGGCCUCACACUCACCUGGCUCUACUUCUGGUGGGAAGUCCACAAUGACUACGAUGAAUUCAACUGGUACCUCUACAACCGCAUGGGCUACUGGAGCGAUUGGUCCGUGCCCAUCCUUGUGACCACAGCUGCUGCCUUCACGUAUAUUGCAGGCCUCCUGAUCCUGGCACUAUGUCACAUCACUGUCGGGCAGCAGAUGAACCUGCACUGGCUACACAAGAUAGGGCUGGUGGUCAUCCUGGUCUCCACGGUGGUGGCCAUGUCUGCUGUGGCCCAGCUGUGGGAGGAUGAGUGGGAGGUGCUUCUGAUCUCCCUACAGGGCACAGCACCAUUCCUGCACAUGGGGACCCUGGCAGCCAUCACUGUUCUCUCAUGGAUUGUGGCUGGACAGUUUGCUCGUGCAGAGCGGUCCUCCUCCCAGAUGGCCAUUCUCUGCACCUUCUUCGCUGUGGUGUUUGCCCUCUACCUGGCCCCGCUCUCCAUCUCCUCUCCCUGCAUCAUGGAGAAGAAGGACCUGGGCCCCAAGCCUGCCCUCAUCGGCCACCGCGGGGCCCCCAUGCUGGCCCCAGAGCACACGGUGAUGUCAUUCCAGAAGGCCAUAGAGCAGAAAUUGUACGGGCUCCAGGCUGACGUUACCAUCAGCCUGGACGGUGUGCCCUUCCUGCUGCAUGACGCCACCCUGCGGCGCACCACCAACGUGGAAGAGGAGUUCCCUGGGCUUGCCCGCAGGCCUGCCUCCAUGCUCAACUGGACCAUCCUGCAGAGGCUCAAUGCUGGCCAGUGGUUCCUGAAGACCGACCCCUUCUGGACAGCUGGCUCCCUGUCACCUGCUGACCAUAGGGAGGCCCAGAACCAGUCCCUCUGCAGCCUCGCAGAGCUCCUGGAGCUGGCCAAGGGCAACACCUCACUGCUGCUCAACCUGCGUGACCCACCCCGGGAGCACCCCUACCGUGCCAGUUUCCUCAACAUCACGCUGGAGGCCGUGCUGCGCUCUGGCUUUCCCCAACACCAGGUUUUAUGGCUAUCUAACAGACAGAGGCCCCUGGUGCGGAAGGUGGCUCCCGGCUUCCAGCAGACAUCAGGCUCCAAGGAGGCAGUGGCCAGCCUGCGGCGGGGCCAUAUCCAGCGGCUGAACCUGCGAUACACUCAGGUGUCCCGCCAGGAGCUCAGGGACUACGCAUCCUGGAACCUGAGUGUGAAUCUCUACACAGUCAACGCUCCGUGGCUCUUCUCCCUGCUGUGGUGUGCAGGGGUCCCGUCUGUCACCUCUGACAACGCCCACAGCCUGUCCCAGGUGCCUUCCCCUCUAUGGAUCAUGAGAUCAGCGAUGGCGUGGAGGUCUCUGAUGAGCUCUCCGUGUGUUCAGACAACAGUUAUGACACUUAUGCCAACAGCGCCAGCACUCCUGUGGCUCCCCGAGGGGGCCGCAGCCACGCCAAGACCCUUACAGACAGGAGUGGGCAUUAGCUGAAGACCUGCCUGUCCUAAGUCCUAGCCUGUACAUAAAGGAGAAACCAGGGGAGCCCAGGAGGGCCAGCAGAAAUGUAUCUGGACUUAGAGUGCCCUGAGAGGUGGCCCCACAGCCUCCUCAUCGGCUCCAACCCCUGGUCAGCCAUGGACUCUCUUGGAGGAGGCUACCUUCAUCCCUGAGGCCCAGCUGGGCCAGGACUCCAGCUUCUCAGAUGCCCCUGCAGGCCUGGGGCUGCUGGAAGUGUGGGUCCUGGGGCCUGGUCCUUCUCCUGAGGUCUUCCUUGGCAUCCUGACCUAGAAGCCUUGAUGGGUCACUGGCCCAUGCCAUGCCCUCUGUGGCAAGAGAUGAUGUAGAAGCCCAGGUGCGCCUGCAUGUGUCCGUGCUCCUGUCUGCACCGUGAGGGUCCGUCCCGACUUCUCCGUUCUUAUCCUGCCUAGAGGGCCAGGGCUGAGCCUUUGCCUCCAGCCCUUCUGUUCUUUACGUCAUUCUCAAAGCACAAGGAGGUCCGGCCCAGGAGGAAAGCCUGCUGCAGUGGUGGAGACAUGCCCCCUCCAUGACCAGCCUCCCACACCACUGGCCCUGCCCCAGGAGAAAGCCUGAGCCAUGCCCCCCAGGAGCAGCUGGAGACAGCCAGAAGAGCAGACUCCUGGCUGCUGGAUCCCAUGCCCAGUGUCCAUCAGGCCCCUGCAAACACAGCAGCCCUGAA